AUGGUAACAAAUUGUUCAUAUCACGCUUUGGAAGAGCAAAAAGAUGAAGAAAAGGAGAUCAUUGUUGAGGAAGAGAAGAAAAUACAUUCAACAAUUGCAGUUAAAGAGUUUCGCGAAGAUAUAGCUCUUCUCCGCGCGUUGGCGAUUUUGGCUGUUCUUGGCUAUCAUUUUUGGCCAACAAUUUUCCCGCUGGGAUUCAUUGGAGUCGACAUUUUUUUUGUGAUCUCCGGCUUCUUGAUUAUGCGUAUUCUCGAAUCACUGAAAAACGAGCGACUAGAUCGGGUUUUUCUCUCAUUUUACUAUCGCCGAGUGAAGCGAAUCCUUCCACUCUACUACUUAAUUGUGUUUUUCAUAGGUUUUUCAAUGCUAUUUCUCUAUACAGCUGUCUGGGCUCAACGUUAUUUUCGUUUCUAUUUCGGCGCGAUUUUUUUCUUCCCCAAUUUUCAACUACAACAAGCCGAGGGGAACUAUUUCUCGGAGGCUACGGAAAAAAUGCCAUUUCUUCACUCAUGGUCUCUCGGUGUCGAGAUGCAAUUUUAUCUUGUCGCUCCGUUUUUAUUCUACAUCUCAAAAAUGGAAAUUGCUCAAUCAAUGGGAUAUUUGAAGCUUGGCCCAGUGUUUCUGCUAUGCUUUCUACUUUUUUCUUUAUAUUUUCAUUUCUUUUCUCUUCCAAUCGUUUCAUUCUAUCAUCCACUCGCGAGAGGAUGGCAAUUUCUGUGCGGAAUGAUCACCACAUUGUAUACAGAAAGUAUGAAAACGACGUUGACUCGAAAACAAUCUGAUAUUCUCUCGGUGAUCUAUUUAAUCAACACCUCUCUUCUAUUCUUUCCAUUUCCCGACAAAGUCACUCCACCGCAUUUCUUCCAAAUCUUAAUCACCAUCUCGUCAGCUGGUUUUAUUCUUUUUUCAACGAAUUGUUCAAUCUCGUGGUCUCGUUUCCGCCUCGGGUACAUUGCGCGGAUCUCCUACGCUCUCUAUUUAGUUCAUUUCCCGAUUCUUCGCUUUACUGAAUACCUUCAACAAUAUUAUAAUAAAGAUUUUGAUGUCCCCCUCGUCUCCCUUGUGAUCACUUUUCUUCUCUCCAUCGUUGCCCAUCACUUCUUCGAGGCUCCACUCCUUCGAGUCGGAAAACUUAAAAUCUUCCUAUCAACACUCAAAUAUUUUGCACUUUGUUUGUUGAUUGGAUUCAAUUGGAAGAAGAUUGUUCAUCCCGAUUGCGCGCAAAAGUCUACAAUCAGCGAGAAUCAGAAAUUCAUCCAAUCAUUGUAUCGGCUAGAGGGUGGGCACUUUGUCGAUGAUGGUUUCAUGCGGCCGAGUCCACCAUUCGGGCAUUAUCUUUAUGAGGGUGAUACGGGUAAGCUGAAGAUCAUGAUUCUUGGAAACUCGUGGGCGACUGGAGAGGCGCAUUUGAUACGAAACUAUUUCUCAAAGAAAGACGUCUAUCAAAUGCACCUUUUCUCUCAACCCGGACACACGUUUGGCCUACAUGGAGAGAGUCCCAAACCGGAUUAUGUUUUCUUGCUUGUGAGGUACAACAAUGAUGCAACGAAUCGCGAUUUGACGAAUUUUCAAGGGGCAAACGAUCAAAUACUUGACAAUUAUUUAAGGGGAAUUCACAAUAUUAGUCUAUUCACCAAAAAACUCUUUCUUCAAACACAUCAACCAUUCGAUUGUCAGGGUAAAGAAAAAGAAAUUAUCAAUCGUUUCGUUGACUCUUUGCAGAAAGAAGAAAAUAUGCAACACUUCAAUCGACCGUUUAAUGUGACCGCUUUCUACAAUAGUUCUGUGCAUCAACGGUUGAAGAUCGUUUUUGAAAAGUGCUCAAAUUGUUACCCGAUAGACAUCGCUGAGCCAUUUAUCGAUUUCAAACGCAAAGAAUUGUUGGUUUUCGACGUGAACACUCAAUUGUUGUACAUCGACACUCAAUGUCAUCUCACCGUAUCGGGGUUGAAGAUGAUCGAGAAACCGUUGAGAUUAUCGAUCGAAAAUGGAAUCAAUUCGAAGAAGAGCAAUACA